CGGCCUGGCUCGGCCUGGCUGCCCCUCGCCGAGUUGUGGCUGGCUCUGUCCCCGGCGGGGCUUUACGGCCGUUCCUCCCGGGCCCGGGGCUGUGCCGGCGCUGCGCAGGUACAGUGCAGGCGGGCGGGACGUGCAGCCCAGCUCUGUCGGUCGGGAGAGCUGUUAGAUCAGCCCGCACGCUGCGUUACCUCCGCCGGGCCGCGGAACGAGCAGUACUGUAGCAACGAGCCCGCAGUCGUUUUAUACUAAGGACAUGGUGACUAACUUUGAUGAAAAACAUGAUGAAUAUUUAAUAUCCCUUCAGCAGAGAAACCGGUUACUGGAACGUUUAAAAAGAAAGGAUCCCCUACAAAUCAAACUGGAGCAGUUAGAACGAGGAUUUUCUCUGUAUCUGAAUGGAGCUAAUUCAGAGCGGAGAAAUUACCGCAGAAAAAUCAAAUCACAUGGUUGCCUUAAAAAUGAGACAGAGACCACCAGGAUAAAUGAAGCAGCCCAGCUAGAAGAGGAAGAGUUGCGAGAACACAGCAUACAGACUGUACCAAGGAAAAUACAACGCAGAGGUUGGCUUCAGAAAACUGUGGAGAUUAAAACAGAAAAGGGGACUAAACUCCGCAUUAAACCUCCUCUUGAGUACUCUGAGGAUUUUGAACCUUAUGAAAGCUUGAAUGUGGAGACAAAUGGUGAUGAUCCUCUCCCUUACUCCCAGGAAUCAAGAAGAAGCUUGCAACUCAGCGUAGAAGAGAAAAGCAUGGAAGAAGACUCUCUUAGUGAUGAAUACGACUCUGUUGAAGAAGAUGUGUUUUCAGAACUGUCUUCCACUGAGGAAACAGUUACAAGCUUUGGAGGUCUUCAGCUACACAGCAGUAAAUCAUUGCAGAAAGAAGUUUCUGAACAUAGGGAUACUGGGGGAUGUUCUGGCCUUGAUUCUGACACCAUUACUGUGUUGGAGUUUAGCCAGGAUCAAAGUAAAGUGAAGCCAGGACGAGUUCUCUCAGCAAAAAGAAAAGAUGAUGCUGAAAUAUACAUUCCUGUCAGACCAGUCAUGGUGAAAAAUAAAAUAACGCGGCCAUUCUCUGCUGAUUUCUUCCACCAGGAAAAAAGACAUGAGAAAAACUGUUCUAGACCCUUAAGUCGACCAGAAAUCCCACUUUCUGCAACUCGAAAGGGUGUGUGUGAGAAGGAUCCUGCUCUCUCGGUUUCAGCUGUGAUUAAAGCAAUGCAAGUUGAAAAUGAAGUCUUGCAGAGAGAUCUGCAGGGGCCGAUGUUUUCCACAAGCCCUCAAAAGAAGAAGUUUUCUGUUUCAUCUGUUGUUUCCACAACGGGUGAACCUACAGAAAAAAGCCAGACAAGGACUGACAUCAAAGAAGCUGUUGAGAGAAUUUGUUCUUCUGGAACCAGACAACAGAAGAAACAUCCAGAAGUCCUUCAAGAACCUGAGCACAAUUCUGCCUGUGACAAUGAUGUAUUCCUGUCUGAUGGCAAAUCCAUGUUGCAAGAGAAGAUGGCAACCAGUAUGGAAAUACAAGAUGCUAUUUAUGUGACUAUGGAACUUCUUUCUAACUGGGGAAAUCCCAUAAACGUGGGCCUGAGCAAGGUGGAAUUCUUUGAUUUAUACAACGAAAAGAUAUUUGUGUCUCCUCACGAUGUGGAUAUUCGGAAUGCUGACAACCCAGGGGAUUUGUGCUGUUUGGUCAAUAAGAACUUAAAUAUCACGAAGGAAAGCUUCCUUUGGAUGUGCCCUUUCCAUCCACCCGUCCAACUUUACUUUGUGAUUCGCAAUCUCACCCGGUCACAUGACUUUGGUAUAUCCAAGAUCAAGAUUUGGAAUUACAACACAACAACUCCCAGUGACCUUGAUGUUGGAGCAAGAAAGGUGAAGUUAUAUGUUGAUGAGAACCUUGUAUUUGAUGGUGAAUUAGAAAGAGCCUCUGGAGAUCUCACUGACCACAGCAGUACUAUUGACCUUAAAGAUCACAAGCAAGAUAUCUCUGCAUCUUCUGCAAAUGAAGCGAAAGAAUUACUAAAUGUACCUGCAGUCACAGAGAAGGAAGCAGAACUACAUUUUAAAUGCUUACAGUCAGACAGUGCUUCACUAAACUGGAAAUCUCUGCCAGAAGAAAAUCUUCUUGACCAUAGGAUGAACUCGGUCAACUUUACAAAGAGAAGUUUGUGUGAGGAUAAUCUGAAAGUGUCACCAUCUCAAGUUUGUGUAAAAGAUGCCAAAGAGAAUGCAACAGUGCAAGCAGUUACGGAGCGUGUUCAAUCUGAUGAUGAGCUUACUUUGAGUGAGCAAAUGGAAAAACUAACAGGAAGAAAAUUGCCUGAUUCUACAAGUACAAUUCCUUCUUGGUUACAGUCAUCUUCCCAAGUAACAGGGAAUAAUCAAGUUACUUCCAGUAAGCAGAAGCCUCCCUGGCUUGCUACAGAACACUGUUCAGGCUCGAGAUUUCAAACACAGUCAGAUGGAGUAAUGAAAAACUUUUCAAAUCUGACUAAUGAGGAUGUCAAAUAUCAGAGAAAUGAACUGGGAAGAUCCAGUAGUAGAAAUGGAAAUGGAGAUGAGAGAUUACAAAUGCUAACCAGAAAGGAUGGUGAUGUGUGCUUGGACAUUUUGGAGCAACUUUCUAACAAAAGUUCCUGCAGCUUACAGCCUACAAGUGGAAGGAGAAGUGUCAGAUGUGUAAAAAAGGAGGGGUUAAACACUGUAAGUCUUGGAGAAGGUGGUUCUGCUCUCAAAGGUGACGACUUUUCUGUCAAGGCCAUGGAAACCUCUAGAGCAAAGUGGCAAAAUGAAAAAGAACACACUCUGCAGGAGUCCUGGAACUCCUUGGUAAAGUUUAAUUAUUCCCAUCGUGGCCGAAUCUCCAACAUGGAUUUUCAAGGGGACAUCUUUGAUGAGUUUCUCCAUCAACAGAAAAUCAGCUGGCCUGGAGAAUAUCAGCAAAUGAGAAAAGAGGGACUACAAACACUACCAAAAAAGCAAGGAGAAAAUUCUACGGAGGCACAUGAUGGAAAUGAUUUUAAAAUUCCUGUUUUACCUUAUGGACAGCACUUAGUGAUAGACAUUCAGACAACAUGGGGAGACAGACAUUAUGUUGGUCUUAAUGGAAUUGAAGUUUUCAGUUCGAAAGGAGAGCCUGUUCAGAUUUCAAAAAUAACAGCUGAACCACCUGAUAUAAAUAUUUUACCAGCUUAUGGCAACGAUCCCAGAAUAAUAACCAACCUAAUUGAUGGCGUAAAUCGGACACAGGAUGAUAUGCAUCUCUGGCUAGCACCAUUUACCCCUGGAAAACCUCACUUCAUCUUUAUUGACUUUGUGGAUUCCUGUCAAGUAGCUAUGAUUAGGAUUUGGAAUUAUAAUAAAUCUCGCAUACAUUCUUUCAGAGGUGUGAAAGACAUUAUAAUGGUGUUAGAUGAACAAUGCAUCUUUAAAGGAGAAAUUGCAAAAGCUUCAGGAACCUUAUCUGGAGCUCCAGAGCACUUUGGUGAUACUAUAUUGUUCACUAUGGAUGAUGACAUUCUUGAAGCGAUAUACUGCUAUGAUGAGACAUAUGAUGGAGAAAUGGAAAAUGCCAGCUGCUUGAGAUACGAGGAAGAGUUAAAGAGGCCAACAACUGCUGAUAGGGAGGGAGAUGAAAGACCUUUCACACAAGCAGGGCUAAGAGCAGAGAAUCAACAGGUUCAAGAGCCAGACCCUCUCUCUGAAUAUGUACCCAAGGAAUCAGGAAUAUUUACUGGAAAGUGCCUGCAACUGAAUUUUACCAUGACCUGGGGAGACUGUCAUUACCUUGGACUGACAGGACUUGAAGUGAUAGGAAAGAAUGGUCAUGCAUUAAAAAUAAGUACAGAACAGAUUUCUGCUUCACCCCAAGACUUGAAUGAUCUUCCAGAGUAUGCAGGAGAUUCCAGAACGUUAGAGAAGUUAAUAGAUGGGACUAAUAUCACAGUAGAGGAUGACCAUAUGUGGCUCAUUCCCUUCUCUUUUGGAGAAGAUCAUCUGCUCACGAUCCAUUUUGAUAAAAUUGAAAGUAUUGCAGGGCUUCGUUUUUGGAACUAUAAUAAAUCUCCAGAGGAUACCUAUAGAGGGGCUAAGGUAGUCCAUGUGUUGCUGGAUGGCCACAGCAUCUCCCCACCGGAGGGCUUUCUUAUCCGCAAGGGACCAGGAAACUGCCACUUUGACUUUGCCCAGGAAAUUCUCUUUCUGGAUUAUCUACAGCCCCGACUGAUUAAUAAAGUACAAAGGAGGACUGGUUCGAAGAGAAUGGAACAAGCUAGUAUGGACUAUGAAGCACCAUUAAUGCCAUGUGGUUUUAUUUUUCAGUUUCAGCUUCUGACGAGUUGGGGUGAUCCAUACUACAUUGGUUUGAAUGGACUUGAGUUGUUCAAUGAACAUGGAGACCAAAUCUUACUAACUGAAAACAAUAUUGCUGCUUUUCCAGAUAGUGUGAACAUUUUAGAAGAUGUCUCUGGAGACAUUCGAACUCCAGACAAACUAAUUGACAGAGUAAAUGACACAACUGAUGGCAGACAUAUGUGGCUUGCACCAGUUCUUCCUGGUUUGGUGAAUAGGGUAUAUGUCAUUUUUGAUGUACCUACUACUGUGUCAAUGAUCAAGUUAUGGAACUAUGCCAAAACACCUCAGAGAGGCGUGAGAGAAUUUGGUCUUCUGGUGGAUGACUUGCUAGUCUACAAUGGGAUUCUGGAUAUGGUGAACCAUGUAGUAUCAGGCAUCCUACCAACCUGUGAUCCAGUGGUCCCGUAUCAUACCAUUCUCUUUACAGAUGAUGAGAAGAUUUGCCAUCAGGAGAAGAGAACUGUUAUUAGCAAUCAUGUGGGAGAUCAGGAUGUACGAAUGAUGAAUGAAAAUGAGAUUGUUACAAACAGCAAAAAGAAGCAGGCUGUGGCUGAUCAAGCUUUGCGUCCAAAAACUUGCAUAUGUGAGAAAGGACUGCAGAGGAGGAAAAGAUAACACGGGAUUGUGAUUGGAAGGUCCUGAAUACAUCCAGCCCUAAAUAACUGCAAUAUACAUCUCCAAGAUAUGUGUCAUCCAACUAGAAGAUUUUCCAUGUCUGCCAGUGCUGAACCACCUCCUGUCUUAUGAGAAGAAGCUUUAUUUGCUACAGGACAUUUACUUUAGUAAUGAAAUUUAACGCAUGAAUUCAGUUUUCUGUUUUGUUGGGCUUUUUUUAAAUGGUCAUUACCUGUCUGAUUUUCACCACCCCCCUGCUCUAUUUUUCUAUUUUGCCUGAAUUUGGUUAUAUGAACAAGGAGGCCAUCAUACCUCUGUGCUGCACCAACCAGUUGUGUUGCCAGCAACCUACCAUCAGUUUUGGGAAACAGUAAAUGCAUUUUAGCUAGCAGAAGGUAAGGAGGGAACUGCUUUUUUAAACACAAAC